UUUAGUUUUCCUAAAAGUGCCAUUGCAAUCAAAACCCAUUGUCUCUCUUUGGCUCUCCAAUUAACCUCUUUCGCCGGAAAAUUGCGUCACUGAUCGGACCUGUCCCAACGGUGGAUUGCCGGUGAAGGAAUCGCAGUACUUUCCGGCGAGGUAAGGUUUUUGAAAUCUUCCUUUGCCAACGGUUUGUGUGUUGUCAAAUAAUUCAUAAAUAUACGGGUUAUUUUGGUUCAGAUCUGGUAGUUUUGGUGCGGGAUUUUGUUUGGGAGAGAAUUAGGGUUUCAAUUGAUUAAUUUGGUAUGGAAUUGAAGGGCGAUUUUGGGAUUUAGGGAUUAUAUUCGGGGCAUUUGAUGUAGAUGGAGGACGGUUUGAGAUCUGGUGGCCGGUCAGGGCUUGUGGUUAAGAAUAGGAAUUCUUCAGGUUGCUUAAUUGUUAGAAAGAAAAUUGCGGAUGGAGUGGGAGGGGUUGGUUCGUCGAGUUCUCGGAACGUUUCCGAGUCGAAGAAGAAGAAGAGGUUGAGGUUGGUUAGGAGUGAUUCGGGCUCAAGUGAAGAGCUCUCGCCGGCACCUAGGAGAAGGGUUGGCCCCGAAACUGUAAGGGUCUGUAAUGGUUUAUCUGCUUUCGAAAAGGGUGUUGUAGAUGAGAGCGGAAUAGGUAGAAAGAGGGAUAGGUUAGAGCAUAUUAGGCACUAUGAGGAUGGUAUAUUUGGUAGGAAUGGUUUUGAUGAGAGCGAAAGAAAGAGAGGUAAGUUGGAUGUAUUUGAAUUUGAUGAGUAUGAUGGGGUUGAUGCCGAAAGGAUGAGGAGGAAACGUUUCAAUGAUGGUGGAAUUGAAGUUGGGGGUAGAAGGUUUUUUGGAGCCAUGGACAUGGCUCGGAGUGGGAUUGAGAGGGAUUAUGAAGCUGGGUCGAGUAGACAUGGUGUUGACAAGAGAAAGAGUUUAUAUUCUGACCGAACAAGUGGCUUGAAUUUGGGUGAUAAUGUUGAUAAUGGUAGGUUUAAGAUGAAUAGGGAUGGACCUCAGCGACCUGUGUCCUUUUUGAGAGAGAAGUUUAUGGAUCCUUCAGAUGAACCCAUUAGAGUUCAGGGGAAAAAUGGUGUUUUGAAGGUGAUGGUAAACAAGAAGAAAAAGUUGUGUGGGCCUCUGGAAAAUUUUGAUCGCCGGAAAGCUGAGGAAAAUAGAAGGGGUUCAAGGACUGAAGAUGUUGCUAAGAGGAAUGUAGUAAUUCCUUCGUCGUCAUACUCAGAGAGAAAACUUCUUGAGAAACAAGGUGUACUUGUCCUGCCAAAAAAAAACCAGAUGGCUUUGCGGAAAUCGUUGCCAAGUAAGAAUAGUAAGGGCAGCGACUGGGAUUCAGAGGACAGUGAUACAUCAUCGAAGCUAGGAUUGAAGAAUGUGGAAGCUCGUAAUUCUAUGAAGAGGAUAAGUUGUGAAGAGGAAAAGACUCCUCCAUGUGAGAAGAGCCCUCCAACUAUGAUCAAAGAAGGAAAAGUUAGGCGUGGCAGUGGCACAGAAAAGCAAAAACUGCGUGAACGGAUUAGAGAGAUGCUUCUAAGUGCUGGCUGGACAAUAGAUUAUAGGCCUAGGAGGAACAGAGACUAUCUAGAUGCUGUGUAUAUUAACCCCUCAGGAACAGCGUACUGGUCAAUCAUAAAGGCCUAUGAUGCACUUCAAAAGCAAUUGAAAGAUGAGGAUGUUGAGCCUAAACCCAUUGAGGAAGGGGAUGGAUCUUCUUUUGCUCCUAUAGCUGAUGAGGUACUUAGCCAAUUAACUAGGAAAACUCGAAAGAAAAUUGAGAGAGAAAUGAAAAAGAAGCAGAUAGAUUGCAGUGAGAAUGAAAAUGCGACGAAAUCUUCUGUAAAAAGAUCUGCAAGUUCCAAGCAUGAUGUGGAGAGCAUGGACAGUGAUAGCCAUGAAGAGAAACUAAGCUCCUUCAUAAAGCAGAGUGGUAAGUCCUUGAAGAGUAGAAUGAAUGAGAAUGGUUCUGCCAGUGUAAACUCAAAAUGUCAGAAUUCUACUCGUCAUUUGCAUGAUAGCAUUGAGAAACCAUCCUCUGGAUCCAAUUCCCGUAUGCUACAUGGAAGAAAAAGUAGAAAACUUGGCAGAUGUACUUUGUUGGUCCGUGGCUCUAACAAGGGGCAAAAUUCGGAAAUGGAUGGUUUUGUUCCCUAUACUGGAAAACUGACACUGCUUUCUUGGCUGAUUGACUCGGGAACUGUGGGAUUAAGCCAAAAAGUGCAGUAUAUGAACCGUCGGCGGACUCGAGUAAUGCUGGAGGGCUGGAUUACACGAGAUGGCAUUCAUUGUGGUUGCUGUAGUAAAAUCCUUACAGUUUUGAAGUUUGAGAUUCAUGCAGGGAGCAAAUUGCGUCAGCCAUUUCAACACAUAUAUCUGGAGUCUGGAGUUUCUCUUCUGCAGUGCCAAAUGGAUGCAUGGAAUAGACGAGAAGAGUCUGAACGUACUGAUUACCACCCUAUAGACACAGGUGGAGAUGAUCCAAAUGAUGACACUUGUGGCAUCUGUGGGGAUGGUGGGGAUUUGAUCUGCUGCGAUGGUUGCCCGUCAACAUUCCAUCAGAGUUGCUUGGAUAUACAGAUGCUUCCCCCCGGUGAUUGGCACUGUCCAAAUUGUACAUGCAAAUUUUGUGGUGUUGUCAAUGGAAUUGUUUCUCCAGGAGAUGAUACAACUGCCUCUUCACUACUCAAUUGCAGUUUGUGUGAGAAAAAAUAUCAUAAAUCAUGCAUGCCGGAGGUGGAUGCUAUUCCUUUUGAUUCCAAUGGUUUAGUCCCUUCUUUUUGUGGAAAAAAAUGUAAAGAGCUCUUUGAGCAUUUGCAGAAGUAUCUUGGAGUCAAACAUGAGCUGGAAGCAGGCUUUUCUUGGUCUCUUAUUCAUAGAAUGGAUGAAGACUCAGAUACAUCUCUUCGAGGGCUUCCUCAAAGGGUGGAAUGCAAUUCUAAGCUAGCUGUUGCACUGACUGUUAUGGAUGAAUGCUUUUUGCCAAUUGUUGAUAGGAGGAGUGGUGUUAAUUUAAUACAUAAUGUUCUUCAUAAUUGUGGGUCAAACUUGAAUCGUCUAAACUACAGUGGCUUCUACACUGUUAUUUUGGAGAGGGGUGAUGAAAUAAUUUCUGCAGCUUCUAUCAGGUUCCAUGGGACUAAGUUAGCGGAGAUGCCAUUUAUUGGAGUUCGCCAUAUAUAUAGGCGUCAAGGGAUGUGCCGUCGACUUUUUGGUGCUAUUGAAUCAGUUCUCUGCUCUCUCAAGGUUGAGAGACUGAUUAUUCCUGCAAUUGCUGAACUCAUGCAUACAUGGACUGUGGUUUUUGGGUUCACCCCUCUUGAGGAAUCACUCAAGCAAGAAAUGAGAUCAAUGAAUAUGUUAGUCUUCCCUGGUACAGAUAUGUUACAGAAGCUCUUACUGGUGCAAGAAAACAUUGAGGGAAACACGACAACCAGCCCAGGUGCAAAGAAAAGAGAGUGCGAAAGUAAGCAUUCUAGGAGGCCUGAGGUGGAAAAUAAAUCUGAUGUUGAAUCUUCAGCUGGGCAAGAUUCUCAUGGGUGUAGUGGUACUGGUUCAGAUCAUGCAAAGGAGAUAACUGAUGAAGUUGCAGCUGCAGAUGAUCCUCGUGGGUGUGAUGAUGCUGGUCUGCAUCAUGCUAAUGAGACAAGUGAUGAAGUUGUAGCUGCAGAUAAUAAAUCUGAUAUGAAUUCUUUGGCUGAUCCUCAUGGGUGUGAUGAUGAUGCUUGUCUGCAUCAUACUAAUGAGGUGACUGAUGAAGUUGCCGCUACCGACAAUACAUCUGAUAUGGAUUCCUCAGCUGGGCAUGAUCCACAUGGGUGUGAUGAUACUGGCUUGCAUUGUGCUAAUGAUUCUGCAGAUAAUAAAUCUGGUAUAGAUGCUGCAUCGGGGCAUGAUCCUCAUGGAUGUGAUGAUGUUGCAGCUGCAGAUUCAAGUUUUUUAGAUGCUUCCCAUAAACUUAAGAUUCCAGUUUUAACUGAGCGGGCUAUAUGUUCUGACUCUCUUUCUGGGGACAAGUUAACUGCAUCUGCUUCCAAGGAGAAAUGUGAGUCUCCCCCUAACGCAAGCUAUGAUGCACCAGAGAUCAAACAAGAUCUAGUGUUGGAUUCUCCUGACAAAGAUAAUAAGCAGUUUUCUUUCCAAUGUCCGGUUGUUGCCUUAAAUAAUACUGCCAUGAAGAGUGAAUCAGUAGAUGUUUCUAGUGAAGUUACAAUUCCUGUUUUCAUUGAGGGGACUGCAUGUUUCGACUCUCAUUCAGAGGACAAGUUAGCUCAAUCUGCAUCUGUCAGGAUACAUAUGUUUCCCUCCGAUAUAGGUCAUGAUGCACCUGCUUUGGAAAAUGAACCAGUAAUGGAUUGCCCUGUUGUAGAUAAUACCCGGUCUUUGAGUGAGAGUGAUAUGGAUGAGACCCAUGAAGUAAACAUUAAUGUUGACCAUCUCGAGCCUGUUCCUUAUUCAGGGGAAGUUUUUGCUGAGAACAUCACCGAGGAGAUGAAUGAAACUCUAGAUGUCUAUGAUUCUACUCGAAAUGGUCGUGGUGAGGGUUCCUUGCAAUUUAAAACUGAUUCAAAUAUUCAAAUUGCAUGUGAAAGAAAAAGCAAAUUGCGUGCGUCUGAUGACAAUUCUGAGAAUGAUGCACAUGAAAGAAGGACUGCAUCUGGCUCUGUUUGAUAUUAUUGCAGCAUCUGACCAAGUAUGCUGCUCUACUAACCCUAUUUCUCAAUUAGGGAAUGCCUCAUCUUCAAAAGAUUUUAAGUCUUUGGAGCUAAUGUCUGUUCCCUGAUUCAGAUAGUGUGAAUAAAUUUUAUCAGAGUCCAAUCGGAAAUUCAUUUGGCCCCUAGCCUUUUAAGGUUCUAGGUUAACUUUUGUGCAUGUCAAGAUUAAGUUCUCUCUCAGAAAGUUAGGAAAUGUGCCUUUUGAUGCAAGUGAUGUGGUGUCAUAUGAUCACAAAGUCGAUGGUGAAAUUGCUGCUCUGAAUUAAGCUCAAUCCUCGGAAGUUGGAGAUGAUCUUGUGAAAUGCCCUGAGCAUGUGACCCAAUGCACUCAUGCUGCUUCACGGUGUAUAUACAAGUGUGAAGUGUCUCUCCAAGCCCUUUAUCAGUUUGCUAUUUAUCAAAGUCAUCUCAUCACAUGAAAUAGGUGGUUGUGGAUGAUACUUGAGUAGAUCUUCCCGGUUACCAUCACCUUUGUUGCUGAAUUUGAUCGGUUUGUUUAUGAGAGCAACAAGACAUGGUGCUCUUGAUGGUACUCCAGAAACCUCUGAAGUUCCUGCGCUGAGAACCAACUUGUUUUAAGCGUUCAAUGUGGGGCUAUUGUCAUGAUCUGAAAUGAAAGAGGGCUCUUCCAUUUGAAAAUUUCAAGGCACUUAAAACGAGGGCUUCCCAUGCAAUGUUUUAUAUAUAUUUUUUAGAUCUGUAGAUUCAUUGGGACGUUAAUAAUCAUCUCUUUGUACGAUUAGUUUUUCCUCUGAGCUCACCAGGUUUUGACUUGACUGUUCUUGUUACUCUGCUGUAAUCAAUGCAAAUCUGAUAUUAUUCACUUGUAUUAGCAAAUUGCUGUAAUCUCAAUUCUCAAACUCGUAUUCUGUCA